AUGGCUGGAGCCGGCGGGGCGCGGGCGGCGCUGGCGCUGUUGCUGCUGGCGGCCCUGGCCCCGGCGCCGGCGCGGCCGCACCCGCAGUGCCUGGACUUCAAGCCGCCGUUCCAGCCGCCGCGGGGCCUGGCUUUCUGCCGCCGCUACUCAGACUUCGGCUGCUGCGAGCCGCGCCGCGACCGCGCCCUGCUCCAGCGCUUCUACCGCCUCAGCGCCCGCCUCGACGGGCCCAGCUACGCCGCCUGCGCCGGGCACCUGCAGGACCUGCUCUGCCAGGAAUGCUCUCCGUAUGCAGCUCACUUGUACGACGCCGAGGAUCCCUCCACCCCGGUGCGGACGAUCCCAGGGCUGUGCCGAGACUAUUGCCGGCAAGUGUGGCAACAAUGCCGCUCCAUUUUCCGCUUGCUGUCUGCGGACCCGCAGUUAACCGCGCUGGAGAGCAACGUGGCCGAAUUCUGCCGCUACCUGUCCUUGGAGGACGCAGACUACUGCUUCCCACACCUGCUGAGUAACCAGAACCUGAACCAGAACCUGGGGCUGGUGACGGCCGACGCGGAGGGCUGUCUGCAGCUCUGCCUCGUGGAGGUGGCCAACGGGCUGCGCAAUCCCGUGGCCAUGGUGCACGCCAACGACGGCACCCACAGGUUCUUCAUUGCCGAGCAGCUUGGCCUGGUGUGGACCUACCUCCCCGAUCGAUCCAGGCUCCAAAAGCCAUUUCUGAACAUCAGCCAGGCCGUGCUCACCUCGCCUUGGGAAGGAGACGAGAGGGGCUUUCUAGGUAUUGUCUUCCAUCCUAAAUUCAAAUUUAACGGUAAAGUCUAUGUCUACUAUUCGGUUGAAGUGCGUUACGAAGAGAGAAUCCGAAUCAGUGAGUUCAGAAUCUCUGCUGCUGACAUGAAUGCUUUGGACCAUGGUUCUGAAAGGAUAAUCCUGGAAAUAGAAGAACCCGCCUCCAACCAUAAUGGAGGAGAGCUGCUCUUUGGAGAUGAUGGGUAUCUCUAUAUAUUUACUGGAGAUGGAGGCAUGGCUGGGGAUCCCUUUGGAACCUUUGGAAACGCCCAGAACAAAUCAACUCUCCUGGGCAAAGUGCUGCGAAUCGACGUGAACAGCAACGACCGCGGGCCGCUGUACCGCAUCCCUCCCGACAACCCUUUUGUGCAGGACCCCAAGGCUCGCCCUGAAGUCUACGCCUACGGAGUGAGGAACAUGUGGCGCUGCUCUUUCGACAGGGGCGACCCUCGCACCAAGGCGGGGAAAGGACGGCUCUUCUGCGGAGACGUGGGGCAGAACAAGUACGAGGAGGUCGACAUCGUCGAGAAGGGGAAGAAUUACGGCUGGAGGGCGAGGGAAGGGUUCAGCUGCUACGAUAAAAAGCUCUGUGCCAAUGCCUCAAUGGACGACGUGCUUCCCAUUUACGCCUACCCGCACCAGAUGGGGAAGUCUGUGACGGGAGGUUACGUCUAUCGGGGCUGCGAGUUUCCCAACCUCAAUGGCCUCUACAUAUUUGGUGAUUUUAUGAGUGGACGCCUGAUGUCUUUGAAGGAGGAUCCUGCUACUGGAGAGUGGCAGUACAGUGAAAUCUGCAUGGGGACAGGACAAACGUGCAUGUUCCCUGGCCUUAUCAAUAACUAUUACCAAUACAUCAUCUCCUUUGCUGAAGAUGAAGCAGGGGAGCUAUACUUCAUGUCUACCGGCGUACCAAGCGCCACAGCUCCCAGCGGAGUGGUGUACAAAGUGGUGGACACCUCCAGGAGAGCCCCACCAGGAAAGUGCCGAGUUGUGCCGUCCCCAGUGAAAGUCAAAAGCAAGCGCGUCCAGUUUGUGCCAAAGGAGAAGCUUAUUAUGAAAACGCCGACACCACGUCCCACGGCCGAGGCCCCACGGGGAAGGAGGCCAGACCCCAACCUGCCCCCCACGCCGACUGUGGCCUGGGUGGGCCGAGUCCCGCCGGCGCCGGGGAACCGCAGCAGGACGCCGGCCAGGCCCGGGAAGGGAGGGGAGAGGAGGGGGCAGCGCAGGAAGAAGAAGCCCCCCAUCACUGCCCCGCCGCCGCGGAACGGGGCCGUGCGGCUGGCGGGGCCCCGGGGCCGCGGCCGGAGCCAGGGCCGCGUGGAGGUUUACAUCGACGGCGAGUGGGGCACCGUGUGCGACGACGGCUGGAGCUCGGGCGCUGCCGCCGUCGUGUGCCGCCAGCUGGGCUUCCCCCACGCGCUGCGGGCCAGCAAGAGGGCGGAAUUUGGGCAAGGGUCCGAACUUCGCGUUCUCCUGGAUGACGUGCAGUGCUCCGGGCAGGAGGAGACGCUGCUGGAGUGUUCCCACGCUGACGUGGGCACACACAACUGCUCACACGAGGAGGACGCUGGCGUGGUGUGCAGCCGGGAGGAGCCGCCGGACUGGUGACCGACGGAGGAGCAGGGGCAGGCAGCCCAGGGACUCGGGGUGCAUCCCUCUCCCGCCCAGCCCUCUAAGCCAGUGUCAGCACUGAGGCAGGUGUGCUCUGCCUAAAGUGUAAUCUCGCCCUUUUCUUUGCAUUCACCCCCCUGCAUCCACCUUGGACGGAUAGAAGUACAGUGAAGUGACUUGAGUAUGUCGUGGGCAGAGACUGUGUUUAUAUGGCUUUUUUUAAAGAAAACCUUAAACGUCAGCCAUUAUAGAAUAGAAAAGAAAUGCAUCCUGUUGCCUCUUCUCCUGUUGAAAUACAGCAUUCCCCAGCCGUGCUUCACAGUGCCUUGCCAAGAAAUAAAUUCCCAAAUGAGCGUGGUUAGCUCUAAGGGAAGUGUUUGCAUUGUUUGCCUUGCUUCGAGACCUGCAGCUCUGAGGCAGCUUUCUGCAGUUUGUAAAUCUGGGCCUUUCUUUGCACAAUGCCAAGGUGGAGUUUUGCUUUUUUCUUGACUUAUAUCCACUGUUUUUAAGACAAAUGAUUGUUCUGAGGGAAGAUCUUAUUAACAUUGACAAAUAUCUGAAUGUUGGGUGUCAGGAGGUUGGGACAUCCCUUUUUUCUAUAGUAGCUAGCAACAGGACAAGGGGUGAUGGGAUGAAGCUGGAACACAAAAAGAUUUUUUUCCACUUAAACAUAAGAAAAAACUCUUUCAGUGUUUCAGUGAGGGAGCCCUGGCACAGGCUGCCCAGAGGGGGUGUGGAGGCUCCUUCCUUGGAGGGCUUCAAGACCCACCUGGACAUGUUCCUAUGUGACCUGAUCUAGGUGACCCUGCUUCUGCAGGGGGUUGGACUGGAUGAGCUCUAAAGGUCCUUUCCAACCCCUACCAUUCUAUGAUUCUGUGAUUCUGUAAUGCUCUUUGUUGGCUUAAGCCUGUUGGUUAUCAAAGGUAACCGUGUCUAAAAGACAAAACAUAUCAGAAAAGUUAGCAAAAGUCAAAGCAUCCUGCCUGGAAAAAUGUUUCUGCAGUGUAGAGCAGCCUAAGUGAGCAGAAAAUCUGACCUUUCCUACUUGAACGGGAUCGUUAUCCAGUUUCAUACAUGUUUCUCCACUUUCCCAAACAUUGGGAAGCUGGGUGUCUUUGCAUUCAAUUUUUGCAGGUUUGAAUGACUAGAGAAGAGAUAUAAUACAAGAGGUAGUGUACUGGGGUAAUAACCCUCUAAUAUUUACCCCUUUUAAAGGAUAUUUAAAAACACCCCUACAUGCAUCUUGCCUUACUUGUGGUUUUCACUUGAGUGGUGAUUGGAGACGUGUGUUUUCUGGUCUCUCUGCAUUUGAUAGCCUUUUCCUUGGUUAUUUUUCCCCCCCCAGUGCAAUCAGGGUAGGUGUUACCUUGCUGCUCACAAAAGAACGUGAGAAAGACAAAAUGAAACAAAUGCAAAAUGACAAGUGCAUCCAGAAAAGUUCACAAGCAGAUCUUUGCAUCUAAAGCUCUUGCUGUGGAUAUUUAAUUCCUUGAUUUCAAUUUGUCAGUGUCCUCUUAAGCCUCAGACACUGAUGUGAAUGGUAAAUGAGUCUGUUUAAAAUACUUUUGCUGAUCUUUCUGAGAUACAUAUUCAAUACUUUUUGAUAUUAAAGAACAUCUUCGCUGUACAAAAACGGAUGACCAGAAAAACAGCACCAUCUCCCUGCUCUUAUGAAGUAUAAAUUCACUUCAGGCACAUCCAAAUGUUCAAGGAACAACAGAGGCCUUUGUAAUUUUCUCUUGUUAAAAGUGCUGGCACCCGUUGAGCUGAUGGGACUAGAGGGCUGGAAGGAAACAGAGAGUGGAGAUGUAAGCGUUCUCCUUUCAAAUUCCUCUUCCACUUCUUUUGGCUCCUUAGCCAAACUUCAGCCAGCUCUGUCAGAUUUUAAGGAGAAUCUUGGUCGUAGUUAUGCUUAAAAACUUCUGAGUAGAAAAAGGCCUGUGCAACAAAAAUUCCUGUGAAGGAACUGAGGUGAUUGAAGGAUGUCUGCCAUAGACAAAUCAGACAGGAAUUUCACCAAGUACUGAAGUGCUCUUACAAAUAUCUCACUGGUGGGUGGCAGGAGGUUGGGGCAGCACUUUUUUUUUACUGUAUCCAGUGACAGGACAAGGGGUGAUGGGAAGAAGCUGGAACACAAAAAGUUCCACUGAAACACAAGGAGAAACUCUUUCAGUGCUGAGGUGAGGGAACCCUGGCCCAGGCUGCCCAGGGAGGGUGUGGAGGCUCCUGCUCUGGAGCUCUUCAAGACCCUCCUGGACACGUUCCUGUGUGACCUUAUCUAGGUGGGAGCUGCUCUGGCAGGGGAUUGGACUGGAUGAGCUCUAAAGGUCCCUUCCAACCCCCACCAUUCUGUGAUUCUGUGACCUCAAGCCUAUCUGACAUGUGUCCAUACCUUGCUGCCUAGUACGUGUCUUCCCCAAGGCUUCCAUGUCUAGACUUUACCCUGGGGCACAUGUGCAGCUAUAGAACUGCUUUGAGCAAUGUUUUAAUGUAUUCAGAAGAGCAGCUAUGAUGGAAACAGCAAUCCUUCCUUAACAGUAAUGUGGGGAAUAGGAAUGCUAUUUCUAGGAGAAAAAAAGAGAAAGUCUGCAGUGUUCAGUCAGUUGUAAGCACUGACGCGAAGGAGCUUGUUGCUUGGGGCCAUGGGCUGUUGGCAGUGCCUAAACCCUUGGACUGUUUUUGUUAAUUAACCAUCUUUCCAAUUACUUGCUCACUCCAUGCUGCAAAGUUUUGUUGACUGAGAACGAUCAGGACCUUGGCAUGUAUGAGCUGGGUGACAACUGACUCGGGGUAACAAUCCCUGCCAAGGUCUGUGUUUGGCAGUGUUGGGUAAGUAACAUCCAAGCCCACUGCUGAUUUUCUUUUGCAAAGGUUUGGUUGACUCCUUUCUCUAGUGUAGUUUAAUCUGUGGCAAAAGGUCUGGUUUUAGGUCAGCACGUUUAUUAUGAGCAGUUACUUCUGAAUUUUCCUGUCCACAUCUGCCAAGCAGGGACAGGAGACAAUGUCAGUCUUCAGCGAGGUGACUCUGAUGGCCUUGAAAGGUGCCAAGGUUCAGUGCUGCCCAGGAGGGACCUUAUUUCCACACCCCUAGCACAAUGAAAUCGCAGAAGGCUUUAUCCCAGUGAAGCCAGGACAUCGUGUCCCAAAGUCAAAUAAGAUUGGAGCCCAUUUGGUUGUCAGUACCCUCAAAUCGAGGAUGUCUUUUGCCUGGUAAAUGAAGUGGCAGCAGGAAACAUUUCCUGGCACCCAGAGGCCAUCGGCUGUGCUGUUACAUUUUCAGGCCUGUGUCCCCUGCUACCCCACAUCCCUCCAGGGCACCCUGGGCUGGGUUCAGGAGUCAGGAUCAGUUGGCCCAGUAACCAACAAAUGACUGAUUAAUUUCCUAGUGUAGAUGGAGCCUUUGUGAAAUCUGAACCCAAGGUGGCUGCUUUUUCUAAAGCACGAAACUUCCCAUUACAAAACUACAUAAGCCUUUGGAUAAUCUGCUUUCUGGCUGAUACAUAAACAAAAGCUUCCUUGGAGCUGAUCAAAAGCCAUCAAAAUGAUGGCUUUAUCCUAUUUUUGUUGUACCUGCUUUUCAACACAGUGAGUAUAGCAGCACUAUUUUGACCCAUUACCUUUUCCCCCCUUUACUUCUGCUGUGUAUGCUGUAUUGUGCUUUUAGGGAGAUGCCAGAUGAGGUGCACACAGAUAUUUCAUUCCUGUGUGAGUAGCAAUUCUUUAAACCAAGAUUUUAGACCGUUUGCACUGUGCCCACCUUCCCAAGAUGACAUUUAAAGACACCUUAGAGAGAAAAGGAGCUUCUGGAGGAAGCAGGAGAGGCUAUUUUCAGAGCCAUGGUCCCAGAUGCUCAUGCCACACAUGGGGAAAGUCCUGAGUGCAAAGGUCUUUCAGGGUGUCUGCAGUUCUGCAUAGGCAGGAUGAAAUCAUCUUGCAUCAUCACUGUAGGCUGAGAUGUUUUAUUUUGGAGGAGCAGUGGGAAAGCAAAUUGCCCUUCUACCAUGGAAGAUCUGGCUUCAAUGUUUCAGCUCUCUCUUCCUGCAUGCCAUAGCUUGUGGCAUGACACAGUGUGCUGUCCUGCAGCCUCAUCUCACGCAGCCCCGUUGGCUCAGCCUGCAGGGCAGAUGCUCUGCUCAUCCCCAGCAGGUUUUGUGACCUGGGAUUCUGCACUGGGGGAGAUGAUUUUCCCAGCAUCAGACAGAAGGUCAAGGUUUUGUUAUUAAUUUGAUGCCACUUUUCAAUUUCCUGUUCCUUGAUAGUGAGCUUGAAAUAAUGGGUCACACAGAAACAUUAUAACUGCCCUCACUAGCCUUGGCUUGGCUGGAUUUCAUUAUGGUUUGCACUGAUAGAAGUAACAGCAGAACUGGCCUACUGCUUUACAUUUUACAUCCAUAUAUAUGUGUACAAAAGCUGAGAAAAGUGAUACACUUACUUUGAAACAGAAGUAACGUUUUUCUUUUAACUUUAUUAAUCAUUAGGCUUCAGAUGGGCUCAUGUAUUGAAUUGUUCUGGUAACACACCUGAAGUCCAUGUUCUGCAGUAUUAGUUGUAACAUUGCAAUUUGAGUUAUAUAAGAAAAAAGAACCAAGUGUUUACAUUAAA